AUGCUCUCCCCUGCCUUUGACAACACGGCCUACCUGCCCCUUACUCUCCUCCCUGCCCUCUCUCCCUCUCCCUUCCAAUCUCAUCCCCACUCUCAACCUCACUCGCACUCUGGCCGCCCGGCCUUCCCCCGAUCCCCCGGUACGCCCCGCGCCCGACUCUCCGCUGCCCUCUCCACCUCCCCUUACUUUUCACCUUCCAACCCCUUCUCUGCGCGCCCGGCCGCCGGGGCCCUUAGCGCCCGAUACACCAUCAUCAACACCCUUUCUAGUCCCUCAGCUACACCCACGCCCUCGGCGUCUUUACGGCCCGAUACGCUCGUCCGCGCCGGGAGCCGGACACUGCGGCAGCGCGACUGUAGGCGGGACGGCUUGGGAGCUGGGCCGGUCGGAACCCCUAUUCACCCCUUGUCGCUCGGCGGCAGUCUCAUCCAGGAGGACGCGAGGGAGGGGAAGAAGUCGGUGAAAGGGAUGGGCAAGACCGUGGCGGGCUUAGUAGCCUGGGUCGUGCUAGGGAUGGUCGUCUCCGCCGCCCUCCUCAGUCUGCGCGCGAGCAUGGAGGGCGGAGUGGGAGGAGUGGGGACAGUCAUGAUCAGUACAGCGGGAGAGUGGGACGGGGUCGUUGGGGAAGACGUAUGGGCGAUGGCGGCGGAGGAGGGGAGUGAGGCGAUCAAGGGGAUCUGGGCUUGA